AGCGCGUUUAACAAUGGAAAGGCCGACGCCGUCGCGGGUGUUGGUGUAUAUUUCGGAGAAAAAGAUCCAAGAAACAUCGGUCGCCCGCUCGGUCCUGGGAAACAAACAAACCAACGCGCCGAACUCAUGGCUGUAAGACUAGCUCUUGACAGUGCAUCUGGUCACAAAAAAGUGGUGAUCCGCAGCGAUUCCAAGUACGCCAUCGGGUGUGUAACCGAUUGGUACUACAAAUGGAAGCUUCAAAGCUGGAGGAAGGCUGCAGGUAUCUUCAGGGAGAACCACCACUUGAUCGAAUCGACAGUACAUCGUAUACAGAAGAGAAAACGAGAUGGUGCGACCACAGGCUUUUUCUGGGUAAAAGGGCACGCUGGGGAUCCGGGGAAUGAGGCAGCUGAUAGGCUGGCUUCAAAGGGAUCA